AUGGCUCAGCCACCCACAAAAAUACUCGAAGGCGUCUUCGCCGUGAGCAAACCCCCAAGUCUCUCCUCCGCUCAAGUUUUGCGAGACCUCCAGCAUCACUUUGCCGAGUCGAAACUUUUUGCGCCGCUCUUGGAUCGGACCAAGAAAGACGAAGAUGAAAAGUCUAGACAAUCGCGCAAACGGCGCAGACGCGAUACGGACCAAGUCUUCAAGAUGGGCCAUGGAGGUACCCUGGACCCAUUGGCCACAGGUGUGCUCAUUGUAGGAAUCGGAAGGGGCACGAAGCAUUUGCUCGAAUUUCUAUCCUGCAAGAAAACCUACGAGACAGUCGUGCUCUUUGGGAAGACCACCGACAGCUACGAUGUUAUGGGCAAAGUCGUUGCGGAAGCACCUACAGGAGACAUUACAAGAGCAGUGGUUGAGAAUCAGGUGGCAAAGUUUACCGGCAAGAUGAAGCAGAUUCCGCCCAUGUACAGUGCGAUUAAAAUUGAUGGAAUGAAGCUGUAUGACUACGCUCGCAGUGGAAAGGAGCUUCCUCGCGAAUUGGAAAGCCGCGAGAUUGAGAUCACAGAGUGCUCUCUUUUGGACUAUUACGAGCCAGGGUCGCAUGAUUUUCGGUGGCCAGCUGAGCAAGCCGGCGAAGAAGAGAAAGCCGUGUUCCAGAAACUGAUGAGAGGUGCAGAAGACACGAAAAAAUCGGUUGGAACGCAGGGUGAACAUGGGUCCGCGAACAGUUCAACCAAGACACCGGUGAAGUCCAAUCAGAACAACCUCCCACGGCACGAAAAAGCAGCCAUGCAUAUCCACCAUCUGCCGACACAAGAGAGCUCUCCUGCAGAUGCUCCUGCAGCUCGGAUACGCUUGACAGUCAGCAGCGGCUUCUAUGUCCGCUCCUUUGCAUACGACCUGGGCAUUGCUUGUGGUUCAUAUGGUACCAUGGCUAGCCUAAUAAGAAGUCAGCAGGCAGACUUUACAACUGCCCAGCCUCCUCCAGAGGGGCUGGUGAGCGCCCUCACGUAUGAGGAUUUAGAGGCAGGAGAGGAAGUUUGGGGCCCGAAGGUGUCGUCUAUGCUUGAGACGUGGAUAGAGUCUCAUCCAGACACCAGUGUCCAAGAGAGACACCAUGAACAAAGACAAUCUCACAAGCGGGAUUUCCGUGGUCAUCGGGGCUUCUUAGGAAAGGGAGGCGGCUCGAAGAGAUCAUGGAAUAAUCAUAAAAAUGAGAACAGGCCCAAUGCACGACCCCGGCGCAACAGUUCGUCUCCGGAGGCGUGA